AUGAAACAAAUUCAGUUUAGCGGAACCACGAAAUGCUCGUCGAUCCCUCUGAGUGACCCCACGCGAGUGGUGGCCACGCCCCCUCAGUCCGGUUCCAACUACACUUUCUACGAACGGGUCUCUCUAUCGUGCAACGCCACGGGAGAAUACACUUUCACUGGAAACGACUACAGCUACUGUGAGGGCAAUAACCAGUGGAAUCCCGACCCAGCCACAGUCAUAUGCUAUGAAAGAUGUGCGGGUAGUCUCAUCCCAGACGAUGUGACCCAGGAAGACUUGGAAGGCAACGCAAAGACUUACUACGAGCACGGAGAAUACAUCUAUCUAUCUUGCUCUGCUAGUCAGACGCUGAUUGGCCCAAGUAGGAUCACGUGUCUAGAUGGCUCCAUCGGCGAUGAUGCAGUUUCGUGCGCAGGAGGAACGACUACGGCUGUGUACACCACAGCACAGGCUACUACGAGUAGUGCGCCCUCAACAACUGCCCAACAGGACGAAACAACAUUGGCUUUUCAGACGAUCAUCAAUACCGUAAUGGGUUCCACUACAUCUCCUGACGACAGCCUCACGACCAGACAGCCUGAUGUAUCGACACAGGCACAAACCAAGCCAAUGACAUCCACGGUUUACAUCACAACAACCCCAGUCGUCACUGUGGAGAUUUCCACAGUGGUUCCAACCGAUGUCUCUGCAACCUCUGUUCAGGAAACCACAACAGGAGCCCCUCCCUUUACGGAACUAAGUAACACGAAUACGGCAGAAGCGACUACGAUGUCCACAGGCAUACAUUCAACAAUGUCGACGCGUUUCAUGAGUACUGAUGUGUACGAAGCAACGACGUUUCAGACAUUAUUUUCAACAAACACUCCAGGACGCACGCAAAGCACGGAUCAUGCCGUGACCGUCACUACAAGUGGAUCUACGGACGAAGCGACUUUGGCAAUCACAGACGUAUCUGUAACAUUCUCAACGCCUGUACUGGCUACUGAUGCGGACAGCGCAACGACGUUUCAGACAGCAAUCAAAACGGAUACUCCAGAAAGUACCUCGGGCACUGAGUCUUCCGUAGCAGUUUCCACAGACGUCGCAACAGCCAGCGACGUAACAGCCAUCAACCCAGCCACCACGAUGCCGACAACUGAGCCCAUAACAACAGGAUUUACAGAUUUACCUCGGACGGAUGGCAACCUCGUAACCACAUCGGCCACUGAUGUUUCUGCAACUGAUGAUGAUGUGACGACAUCCCCCGUGGAAGGCACUGAAGUGGUGACAGCGAUAGUGACAGUCACAGAAGGGAUCACUGAAAUCGAUGGUUUUACUACUUCCCCCGUGGAAGCCACUGAAGAGGUGACAGCGGAGCCACUGAAGAGGUGA